GCUGCUAGCGAGAUUUUGACAUUCCAUUUAAUUUAUAUGAUUGUAGGACGUUAGGCUUGGCUAAGAACGUUAUCGAACAUGGAUAAGAAAAAGUCUGUUUUAUUUGUUUGUUUAGGAAAUAUAUGUCGUUCACCAAUUGCAGAAGCUGUAUUUGCUCAUAUAGCUAAACAACGAGGGGUUCUAGAUCAGUGGGUGAUAGAUAGUGCUGCUACUGGAGAUUGGCAUGUUGGUUGUCAGCCCGAUAAAAGAGCUAGAAAUUGUAUGAAGAAAUAUGGAAUUGAAAUGAACCACAAGGCUAGGCUGGUGUAUGAAGACGACUUUAACAACUUUGACUAUGUGUUUGGUAUGGAUGAAAAUAACAUCAACGAUUUAAAAGAAAUAGCUCCUAGAUCGUAUACAGCAAAGCUUGAAUUGCUUGGAAAAUAUGAUCCUGAGGGUGAGCUAAUUAUUGAAGAUCCAUAUUAUGAUCGAGGAGAUGAAGGAUUUGAGAAAGUAUAUGAACAAUGUAUUCGAUGCUGUAAUAACUUUCUUGACAAAAAUCCAUGAUUGUAUAAAUGGUAAUGGUAAUUAAUUUUUGUUUUAAGUAGAAUUUUUUAAAACUUUUUGAAGUUCAUUAUAGAUUUGAUGUAAACUGGAAGUAUCAUGUAGUUCUAAAAAUAAGAUGCUGUUGAACUGGGAUUACCAUUAAAAUUUUGUGUGAAAUCGUA